UGGGACAGACGGCUGGUCAAGGACCAACUACGUGCCCGAAACGUACUGGUUCCCUUCUUCUACCGUCUCCCGUAAGUAACUUGACUUUCAAGUCACUUCACUCCACUUGACUUGACUUCCCUCCUCCUCCUUGUUGGUGGUGCUGUGAUCUCUCUCUCAAUAAACUCGAACCCUGUCGCCAAUUUCUCUCAGCACUCACAAGAACCCAACAAUGGCCUCCUUCCAAAUCUUCUCUCUCCUAAUCUUCACCUUCGUUCUCCUCAUCACGCCAACCCUCUCUGAAAUACUGCUUACCGAGAUCCGAUCCGACGACAGACCCAUCAUUCCCUUCGUCGAAUAUGAAUUCACCCACUCCGGCCAUCUCGACCUGGAUGUCACCCAAAUCCUCCUCGAAAACCCAACCCAAAACCCCAAUCCCGACCUCUCCCAAAUCGGGUUCUUCCUCUGCACUCGAGAUUGGCUUCACUUCCUCGAACAGCUCCAAGAGGGCGAAAUCCAAUGCCCUCUCCAAUCCAAAUUCGUCAAACUCUUCUUCACUUUGGACAAACUCCAACCCUCAGGCGAUCACUUCAGCACCACCGUCAAUGUCACCGACGCCAAUCAGUUCACUUUGGUCUUAGCCAAUUGUAUUCCAAACCUCAAGAUUUCAAUGAAUGUUCAGUACUCUUCUAUGUACAAUGAAAACCCCCAAACUGAUUAUUUGUACGCCGUUAAAACGCCUCUCCUCCCCAUUCUCGUCUUGUUUUUCUUGGUAAAACGUCUCUACCAUUUUGUCGUCGAUGGUUUGGAGAAGGAAGCUGCUGCUGAGCAACUCAAGCAUGAUGAUGAAGUCGAAUUGUGAGAUUGCAUUUUGGAGGUUGAAGAGAGAAUAAGCAAGGCCAAGGUAGUAAUAAUCCAAUACCAAACCCGUUUAUGAUUUAGAUAUCAAUGCAUGAACUCGUUAGCCAUAUUAUAUGCUGUGUAAUUCCACUUACUCUGCUGUUGUAUUAUUUUCACACGUUUUGAACUGUGCUUUGGCAAUAUAGUAUAUUGUUGAUUAGAAAAAUGGAGAUAUGGGUAGUUGCUUGCUUCGAACUCAGGUGAAUGGUUGUCUGCUUGAUGAUCUUACACUUGCUAGUUUUUUGUAAAUUUAAUAGUAUCUUCAAUUCAAUAAAACGCAUGUGUAUGUUCUUACACUUGCUUCUCUUUGUCAAUUUAAGAAUUAUAUGUUAUUCAGUAAAACAUGUGCAUGAGCAAAUGCAAAUAAACUUGUAUUGUUCAUUGGGACUUGGGGAGUAUUCCAAUAGCAAGAUUUUGGAAUAUGAAUGGUAUGAAAUAUGCUUGUCUCUCUCUCUCUCUCUCUCUAGUGCGCGAGUGAAUUUUUUACUGACCCUGUUUUCAGUGGUGGUAAAACUAAUUUGGUAUAUAAAAUAGGAUAAUGCAGUGUUAGAGUGAUGUGUCUGGUUUUACUGACUUAUGAGAGCAUAUGGUUUUUCAGAUUUUGUGAUACCUAUUACCUUUGAAAUCUCGGUGAUACCCACCCCACCCCACCCCUUCAUAUUGUCUUUUAAUCAUCCUCUCAUGAUGUUCAAUCUACCUUGUCGAAGAAUAUGGGUUGAAGCUGGAACAUAUAAUAAUAACUGAAUUUGUUGUCUGAUUAAUGUUUCUUUUUCGUUUGUCAUUUCUUCAUUAUGGUUUCUAAUUUUUUUUUUGUUGAUAUUUAUAUGUAAGUGUGUUUUAAAUUUACCUUUUUUUUUUAUUACUGUGGAGAUAAAAAAAAAAAAUUAACAGGAAUAUGACAUAGGAUGGCAAGAAAUUCAUACAAUUGACAUUGAUUGUAAAAAAAAAAUUAUAGUUUAUUUUUAAUCGGAAAAAAUUAUGGCACACAUUGGUGGUGCUGUGGGGAAGUUGCGGUGGUGGUUGGAGUAUGUGGGUGGUGGAGCAAAUGGUUACCAGGUAUCACGUAGGUGGGACUCGUGUCUCGAUGUAAGUUUAGGAAACAACUUCACGCUUCGCCAAGAGGAGAGAGAGAGAGGGGGAGGGUAGUAGUUGUCUUUUUGCAUGUGACCAUGACACCAUAUUUUCCUCUACUAGUGUGUUUGGUUGUAAAAUACGAAAAAAAAAAAUUUAUGAUGAUUAUUAUUAUUAUUAAAAUUUCUAAUAAAAUAGGUAAAAUAAUAAUUAAUUGUUAAAUUAUGGGUCAAAAACAUAA